AUGACGAGCACUAGAGGUCGCCUGGUGGGCCAGCCAUUACUCUAUGCAGUCUCUGUCUUUGCAAGUUUGGGAGUGUUUCUAUUCGGAUAUGAUCAAGGUGUGAUGAGUGGGAUCAUAACCGGUCCUCACUUCCGCGCCUACUUCAAAAACCCCGAUGCGUUUCAGAUUGGAACUAUGGUCGCUGUAUUGGAGGUCGGUGCUUUCAUCACGGCCGUUGCUGCAGGCAGAGUUGGAGAUAUCAUCGGCCGUAAGGGCACACUCUUCUGUGGCGCACUUGUCUUCACAGUUGGCGGUGUUGUUCAGACGUUUACGAACGGGUUUGGGAUCAUGAUCUUGGGUCGAGUUAUUAGCGGUUUCGGUGUCGGCCUUCUCUCCACCAUCGUCCCAAUCUAUCAAAGCGAGAUUUCCCCACCCAAUCAUAGAGGUGCCUUGGCGUGCGUCGAGUUCACUGGAAACAUCAUUGGUUAUUCCUUCUCAGUGUGGUUUGACUACUUCUGUUCUUUCAUCGAGAAUGACUGGUCUUGGAGACUCCCCCUAUUUAUGCAAUGCAUAAUAGGUGCCAUCCUUGCGGGUGGCUCUUUACUCCUGCCAGAGAGUCCACGGUGGCUGAUAGACAUCGAUCAGGACGAAGCUGGAAUGAAGAUAAUCGCAGACCUUCAUGGUGGCGACCCGGAUGAUCUUGGUGCCUUGGCCGAAUUCCGGGAGAUCAAGGACAAGGUCAUGGAAGAAAGAGGUCAACCCCGCUCCUAUGCAGUAAUGUGGGUCAAGUACAAGCGUCGUGUAUUACUUGCCAUGUCUUCUCAAGCAUUUGCUCAACUGGCGAGUCUUCCAGGAAACAUUGUAGAUCAAAUUUACUAA